AAUCUCCUCCUGCGCUGCUUGACGCCCAGCGCUCGGGAAUCACAACACGCGCGCGCCGCGCAUAUGCAGCCGCUUCUGCGUGCUGGAACCCGACAAGAGCGCGCAUUCAUCCGCUCAUCACCCGACCACGGAUGGGAGACUUGGCGUGUUUCAUAUCGGUGUGUGCGAUCUUCCCCAGCAGAACAACCGACACGAACACGGCCGUGAAGUGGAACCACGACUGAAGGAUGAAGUUGACGGUCUUCCUCCUCCUCCUCCUCUCUGCGUGUCCGCAGCUUUUCGCUGCCAUCACAGCUCCUAAAAGGUUUGUGUCCUUGGCGGAAAUGGAGGACGAUCUGCUCAAGAACCUUUUCCAAGGAUAUCAGCGAUGGGUGAGGCCCAUUCAGCGUCCCAACGACACCGUCAGAGUUCGUUUUGGACUCAAGAUCUCCCAGCUGGUUGAUGUGGAUGAGAAGAAUCAGCUUAUGACAACUAAUGUUUGGCUGCGUCAGGAGUGGAUUGAUUACAAGCUGCGGUGGAAUCCAGAUAAAUAUGGUGGAAUCACCUCCAUCAGAGUUCCUUCAGAAAAUAUCUGGCUGCCAGACAUAGUGUUGUAUGAAAACGCUGAUGGAAAGUUCGAGGGCUCCUUGAUGACCAAAGCUAUUGUGAAGUUUAACGGCGCCGUCACAUGGAUGCCACCUGCUAGUUACAAAUCAGCUUGCACUAUGGAUGUCACCUUCUUCCCAUUUGAUCGGCAGAACUGCUCCAUGAAAUUUGGUUCCUGGACGUACGAUGGAAAUAUGGUGGAUCUGGUUCUAAUGGAUAGCCAGGUUGACCGAAAAGACUUCUUUGACAAUGGAGAGUGGGAAAUACUUAGUGCCACUGGUGCCAAAGGAAAUAGGAAGGAUGGCUUGUAUUUCUACCCCUUCAUCACCUGCUCCUUCAUCCUGAAAAGGUUGCCAUUGUUCUACACGCUCUUCCUCAUCAUCCCCUGUUUGGGUUUAUCUUUUCUGACUGUGCUAGUAUUUUACCUCCCCUCAGAUGAAGGAGAGAAGCUGUCGCUCUCUACCUCUGUCCUUGUGUCUCUCACUGUGUUCCUCCUGGUCAUUGAAGAAAUAAUACCCUCGUCCUCCAAAGUGAUCCCGCUGAUUGGGGAAUACCUGCUCUUCAUCAUGAUCUUUGUCACCCUUUCCAUCAUUGUCACUGUCUUUGUCAUUAAUGUGCACCACCGCUCCUCAGCCACAUACCACCCCAUGUCACCGUGGGUGCGCAGCCUCUUCCUUCAAAAACUGCCCAGAUUGCUGUGCAUGAGAGGACACGCCGACCGCUAUCAUUACCCAGAGCUGGCCCCUGAAAGCCCAGCGCUAAAGUCUCGCUCUGGGGGCCGGAGAGGAAUCCAGCGGAUGAGCAGCGGAGGCCAACAGUCAACGUAUGAUGGGAAAGAAGAAGAGGCCUAUUCCACCAUGUUGGAGAAGGCCAUCUAUUCAGUGCGCUACAUCAGCAGACACAUCCGGAAAGACCACUUUAUUCGUGAGGUUGUACAGGACUGGAAGUUUGUGGCCCAGGUGUUGGACAGGAUCUUCCUGUGGAUUUUCCUGUCUGUCUCAGUUCUAGGCACCAUCCUCAUCUUCACUCCAGCUCUGCAGAUGUUCAUGAAGAUCCCUCCUCCAGCUCCAAGUGAGGAGCCACCUAUUAACCAUUGACAGUAACAGCAAUCCUUCAGGAAUCCACAAAACACACUGGCACUGAGCAAGAACUGUGGAUUUAUUUAAGAGGCAUUUUUUGACCUUCUCUUUUGAUUCAUUAAGUUCAGCGAUGUUUGUUCUAUGUCAGCAGUAAAAUUGUUGAACACUAAUGCUGAGCUCUCUCCAUCAUUAAAAGAACAGAAAUUCUAUUCUAGCCGUAAAGUAAGGAGCAAAAGCGCCCUCAACUUUAGCUUUUUUCAUUGUGUCUAAUUAAAAGCAUCUGGGAUUUAUUGUCAGUGAAGGUUUAACCUAAUUAUUGAUCAUUUUCUUUACUCUUUUAUUUUUUUCUAAAGCAAUGGCUGGAAAACACUAUUUCAAUUGUUAUGGAUUUACAUUUCACUGACGUAAAGGUUUUUUUGUUUGACUUUUACUGUAAAAUACACAAAUGACAAAAAUAUAUCUUCAUUUUACCUUCAGUCAUCAUGGCACCAUCAUUGAGCAGCAACAUUGCUGAAAGAACCCUGAGGUUCUUUUUACACGUUUAGAAACAUUUCUUGAUAAUAACUGCAUGUGAACCAUGAGGCACUGCAGCAGCUCAUAUUUCUGCUACUGCAGUUGACAAGACGAUCAUGCUUUUUUUUUCCACAUGGUUUAGUUAACUUCCAUAACCAUAAACAUGUACUUUUAUGUGUCCUGUCAGAUGUAAAACUUUAGUAAAAUUAUAAUGUUUUAACAUUUUACUAAACCAAUAAAGCUGUAAAUAAAUACAUCAGGGAA